AUGACGUGCUCCAAGAAGUUCAUGCGGAACUACAAGGUGUUUGACGCUGUGGAUGUCCAUCUCGCGGAUGAUGGAAUCGUCCAAGCAAUCUGCAGUGGGGACAUUUUCAUGUCGAUGAAGACACCCCAAGGGAUGAAGAAAGGUGUGCUCACAAACAUGUGGCACAUCCAAAAUUUAUCCAGAAACCUGUUCUCAGUCGGCCGCUUCACCGAGGAUGUCGUCGGCCCAGUGAUGUUCACAAAGGAUGGGUGCUAUGGAGAAGCAAAAGGGACCAAGCGGAAAAUUGGUGCCUGUGAAGGUAAAGGACUGUUCAAGCUGCAAAUGACUCCAGUGGCGCCGGAACAAGCAAAUGCAGCCAAGUCGUCGGGAUGUCAAGGGGGCACCAAGUCGUACCUCUGGCACCUUCGGCUUGGCCAUAUAGGUCGCGAUGGACUCAAUUGCAUCGUGACGAAGAACAUUGGAAUUGGCACCGACAUAUCUUCGGUGAAGAAGUGGGACGUGUGUGAAGGUUGUGCUCUGGGAAAACAGACUCGAAUGCGCUUCCAAUCGAACACUACAGCUCGCACCUCCAAACUUCUCGAAGUGAUUCACAGCGAUGUAUGCGGCCCGAUGCAGACGUCAACUUUCAGUGGCAAGCGCUAUUUCGUCACGUUCAUCGACGACAAGUCAAGAUACUGUGUCGUGUAUCUGCUCAAGAGCAAAUCUGAAGUUGCGGUGAAGUUCAUGGAAUACGCUGCGAUGGCCGAAACGCAAACCGGAAAGCGCGUGAAGUACCUUCAAAGCGACAAUGGGGGUGAGUACAAGUCCGACAAAUUGAAUCGCACGCUGGUCGAGUGUGCGCGCUGUAUGAUGGAACAUGCUGGACUGGUAAAGAGCUACUGGGGUGAAGCAGUGAUGACGGCGAUGUUUCUUCGAAACCUCUGUCCAACACGUGCCAUCCACCAAGACAAGUCUCCAUAUCAAGUGUGGACGAUGAAGAAACCGAUUCUGGCCAACCUUAAAGUGUUUGGAUGCCACGCGUAUGUUCAAGUGUCUCAAGACAGACGCGCGAAGUUCGACUCCACGUCAUCACUCUUUCGUUUCCUGGGGUACGCCGAACACCAGAAGUCGUAUCGAUUCGAGGAAGUGUCAACAGGAGCGAUCAAGAUCAGUCGCGAUGCCACGUUCAUGGAAGACAAGUUUGAUGAAGGUCCGCGUAACUACAACGAUGAGUCAAGUACCGUUGAGUUUGACGAUCAAGACGACGACGAAGAAAAAGAAGAAGGUAAAACUGACGUCGACAUGAACUCGAGCGACGAUGACGACGAAGACACCAGGUCUUCGAAGAGCAACAUCAAGAGACACACGCGCACUCAAUCACUGGAGAAAGCUAUCGUCAUUCCAAGUCCCAAGCGAAGAACGUACAGAGGUCCGUCGCUUGAGCAUGUAUCAGCGGCUGCGAUGGAUUUUGAAACAGCCUACAUUGUUGAUUCAGUGGGGGAAAUGCCGACUACUUUCAAGUCGGCGAUGGAAUCAAGCGACUCCGGCAAGUGGAAAGAAGUGUGUGACUCGGAGUUCGACUCGUUUCAGAUAAACGACACGUGGGAGAUCGUGCCUCAUCCGAAAGGUCGCAAAGCCAUCGGGUGCCGAUGGGUGUUUUGUGCCAAGGAGAAUCAAGAUGGCGAAUUUGAGCGUUUCAAGGCGAGACUUGUGGCCAAAGGAUUAUCAAAGAAAUUUGGAGUUGACUAUGAAGAAACUUUCGCACCAGUGGCCAAGUUCACAUCGAUUCGUGUGGUGCUCAGCGUGGCGGCCAAGUACGGCUUAAUGCUACAUCAGAUGGACGUCAAGACAACGUUUCUUAACGGCUCCCUCGACGAAGACAUUUACAUGGACCAACCGGCAGGAUACCUGGAUGAAAAACAGCCGGACUAUGUGUGCAAGCUAAAGAGAUCGCUCUAA